CCCCCCCCGUCCCCCCACAGCAUCCUGGCCACGGUGGGCUCCCAGUUCGACCUGCGGACGCUGCGGGCCGUGCGUGUGCUCCGGCCCCUCAAGCUGGUCUCGGGGAUCCCAAGUUUACAAGUCGUGCUGAAGUCCAUCAUGAAGGCGAUGAUCCCGCUGCUGCAGAUCGGGCUCCUCCUCUUCUUCGCGAUCCUCAUCUUCGCCAUCAUAGGAUUAGAGUUUUAUAUGGGCAAAUUCCACACCACCUGCUUCGACCUGGUCACAG